AAAAGAAAGUGCGGACGUAAUAAUUCUAGACGAUAACUUCUCUACUAUUGUGACCGUGGCCAAAUGGGGUCGCUCAGUCUACAUAAACAUUCAGAAAUUUGUGCAGUUUCAGCUAACUGUAAAUGUUGUUGCUUUGAUCGUCAAUUUCUCUUCUGCCUGUUUGACCGGAAAUGCUCCCCUCACUGCGGUUCAACUUCUAUGGGUCAACAUGAUUAUGGACACUCUUGGAGCACUUGCUCUAGCCACUGAACCUCCUAAUGACGAGUUGAUGAAAAGACCACCUGUUGGUAGGAAAGGAAACUUUAUCAGUAAUGUGAUGUGGAGGAAUAUCUUGGGGCAGUCUAUAUAUCAAUUUGUCGUAAUAUGGUUCCUCCAGACCAGAGGAAAAGUAACAUUUCAUCUUAAUGGCCCAGAUUCUGAUAUGACAUUGAAUACACUCAUUUUCAACUCAUUUGUGUUCUGUCAGGUUUUCAAUGAGAUUAGUUCCAGGGAUAUGGAGAGGAUAAAUGUUUUUCAAGGUAUACUGAAGAAUUAUGUGUUUGUUGCUGUCCUCACCUCUACUGUCAUCUUCCAAAUUGUAAUUGUUGAAUUCUUGGGCACCUAUGCAAACACAUCUCCACUUAGUUUGAAGCAAUGGUUUGGUAGCAUUCUCCUUGGAGUUCUUGGCAUGCCAAUUGCAGCAGCUCUAAAGAUGAUUCCCGUGGGAUCUGUCUAAAAUCAAUGCAAACAAAUUAGUUAGCCAGAAAUAUUGGUGGAUACCUAUAAUUUUAUUGGUGAAGACCACCAGGGCAAGGCUGCUUCUAUUCAAUCCUAAUGAAGCAAAGGCUAUAGACGCAAUCUUUGGCUUCUCAGAAUCUAAGGUACUCGAUGGGUGAGAAGUUCAUCAGGUCUGUUGUUAGAGAAUUGAAUUUGCUCUAAUCUACAUUGUUUUGUGAAUUGGGCAGCUCCCUCUAGUGUAUCUGGUUUAGUAUUUUUUUUUCUUCGGUACUCAUAGUUUUCAGUGCUGAGGCCAUUGGAACAAAAUUAUUUGAUUGUUUGAACUUAGUUGCAGGUCAAGAUUUUAAUCUCGAACUAACUAAAAAUAUAAAGCCGUUAAGAGAUACCGACACAGCUCAUUACAAUG